AUGUCUACCUUUGGCUACAGAAGAGAGCUCAGUAAAUAUGAAGACAUUGAUGAAGAUGAGCUCCUCGCUUCUCUCACUGAAGAGGAGCUGAAGGAGCUGGAGCGGGAGCUGGAGGACAUAGAGCCCGACCGAAACCUUCCGGUGGGACAACGGCAGAAAAGCUUGACAGAGAAAACACCGACGGGGACUUUCAGCAGGGAAGCGUUGAUGGCCUAUUGGGAAAGGGAGACCAGGAAACUUUUAGAAAAAGAGAGAUUGGGUGCGUGCGACAAGCAAGAAGACGACAAUUCAGAAGACAUUCAAGAAGAGUAUUUCACAGAAAGCAAUAGUGAAGUGUCUGAGGAGGCGUAUACUGAAGAGGACGAUGAGGAAGAAGAAGAAGAUGAGGAGGAAGAUGAAGAUGACAGUGAUGAUGAGGGUGAGGAAAAGCAAAAUGCUGCAACUGGUGAAAGACCUGAGGAUGGCAGGAGUUCUGACCACAUCAGACGCAAAAUGUGUAACGGCGCAAAGGGCAAUGAAAACUUACUGAAUGGCCAUGACGGAAAAGACACCGAUAGUCUGAGCUUAAAAAGCAGUGCCAUCCACCCUUGUGGAAAUCCAACAGUUAUUGAGGAUGCUUUGGAAAAAGUUAGGAGCAAUGACCCUGACACCACAGAGGUCAAUCUGAACAACAUUGAAAACAUCACUUCACAGAUGCUUAUACAAUUUUCUCAAGCCCUGAGGGACAACACAGUGGUUAAGUCAUUCAGCUUGGCUAACACGCAUGCUGAUGACAACGUUGCAAUAGCUAUCGCUGGCAUGUUAAAGGUAAAUCAGCAUAUAACUAGUCUGAAUAUUGAGUCAAAUUUUAUCACAGGCAAAGGAGUGCUGGCCAUCAUGAGAGCUUUGCAGAAUAACAAGGUUCUAACAGAACUGCGGUUCCACAAUCAAAGGCACAUCAUGGGCAGCCAGGUGGAAAUGGACAUAGUUAAACUUUUGAAAGAGAACACCACUCUGGUCAAGCUCGGAUACCACUUUGACCUUGCUGGCCCAAGAAUGAGCAUGACAAGUAUUCUGACAAGAAAUAUGGAUAAACAAAGACAAAAGCGUAUGCAGGAGCAGCGGCAACAUGAGUCUGGUUGUGAUGGAGCCAUGAAUUCAAAGGCCAAAGGCUUGCAGAAGGGGACGCCUCGGUCCUCACCUUAUGCACCUCCUCCUCCCCCUCCCCCAGUUAUUCCAGAGAAGAAGGCACCAACCAGGAAUAUAGCUGAAGUCAUCAAACAGCAAGAAAGCUCAAAAAAAGCCUUACAGAAUGGACAGAAAAAGAAAAAAGGCAAAAAACAUGAGAACAGCAUAUUGAAAGAAAUUAAAGAUUCUCUAAAAUCAGUCUCGGACAGAAAAUCAGAGGAAGGUUCACGACCCUCCACCCGCCCCUCCACCCCACAAAGGUCUCUCCAUGACAACCUUAUGGAAGCAAUUCGGGCAAGCAGCAUAAAGCAAUUAAGGCGGGUGGAGGUACCAGAAGCCCUUCGGUGAAAGCCUGGACAACAGAAGAAGCAGAGCACUGCAGUGGUCAAGGAGAGGCUACUCAUCCAUUCACUGGUGGUAACAUAGACUGUGUAGCAAGCUGCGUUCAAAGUACACUCUUAGAUUCAAACCAUUUCUCUUUUAUUUCAAGGAAAUAAACCCUCUAUAUAUGAAACAAUGCUUUAAGGAUACAUUUGCCUUGUAAUCUGUAAAUAUGGAAAUAAUUUUCUUUUUUAUUUAAUGAGAUUUCUAUUGAGAAACUGCUGCUUAUUUAGAUAUUCUUCUCAAUCUCUGUUUGCACAUCACUGGACAAGUUCUUCACACUGAGAUGUAAUAGUUUCCCAGCCUGUGGUUUCUUCUUCUUUUUUUUCCAUGAAUUUACAAUAAAUGUGGUUUGAAGCUUUCAAGCAGA